UAGAACAUCAGUUCACAUACACCACACAAAUACAUAUGCAUACACAUAUAUAUUCAACGACAUGAUAUAAUUAUAAUGACUUCUACCCCUUCAACCUCUACCCCGAACCAGCCCUCCUUCCUAGAACUAUGCCCCCAACAAGGCUGGGAAGUCCUGUCGACGCGCGGUCAGAGCUUGCCGGGGCUGGUACGGCGAUACUCACACUCUGAGGGAACAGCAGAGUCAGGCCAUCGUAGAAUAGACUCUUCCCAGCUUGAAGACGGGAUUACUGCGGGCACCGGCCAGGAGUCUGCUUCAUCGCUGUUCGACGAACGGCCGCAUAUGCAGCGGCGCGGGUCGAUUUUGAUAGGCGAUACAAAGUCGCCUUUUCGAUGGUCCGAGUAUCAUACACCGCCAGUUCAAUUGGCGAAACUACGGAAACCAGUCCGCCUGUAUUAUGAGCGAAUGAACUAUCUUGUCUCGCGGUAUAGCUAUGUUGAUCGUUUACUCGAUUCGUCGAUUGCGCGGGAUUUGCUUGAGGAUUAUGAGCGGCAUUGGGCGAGGAAUCAAAGUUAUCUGCAUACAAUCACAGAAGAGCAGAGCGGACACACAGCAUCAAACUCUCCAUCCGGCUCUGACACAGACCGCGCUCGUCGCCAUCUCACUGAGCGCACGCCCCUUCUCUCUACCACAGACGAUGACGACAACACAGACUCAUUCCACCCGCGCACAAUCGUGAUGAUGGCGAUAUACAUCAACCUCGUCGCAAACUGCAUUUUACUCGCUGCCAAAAUCGCCGUCACUGUCAUGACCAGCUCCGUCUCGGUGCUGGCGAGUCUCGUCGACGCGGCGCUGGAUUUUCUUAGUACGGCGAUUAUAUGGAGCACGACGCGGCUGACGGUCCGUCGAGAUAAGCACCGAUACCCCGUCGGCAGACAGCGGCUGGAGCCAGUCGGCGUGCUGAUAUUUUCCGUGGUGAUGAUUACGUCGUUCUUCCAGGUGUCUAUUCUCUCGCUGCAGCAGUUGACGGGCAACGACCAUUCGACUGUUGAAUUGACCGUGCCGGCGAUUACGAUUAUGGCCUCGACGGUCGUGGUUAAGGGGCUUUGUUGGCUCUGGUGUCGACGGAUCAAUGACUCGAAUGUGCAGGCGUUGGCGCAGGACGCGAUGACUGAUAUCGUGUUUAAUAUUUUCAGUAUCAUCUUCCCAUUAAUCGGCUCCUUCGCCAAUCUCUGGUUCCUCGACCCCCUCGGCGGUCUCCUCCUCUCUCUCUAUGUAAUAGGUAACUGGGCUGGAACCGCUCGAGAACACAUCGCCCAUCUCACCGGCGCCGCUGCAUCGCCUGGCGAUCGGAGCGUGCUGUUGUACCUCGUGAUGCGGUUCGCCACAUGUAUACGAUGGAUUCAGAACCUGGAGGUGUACCAUAGUGGUGAUAGACUGACGGUUGAGGUGGAUAUUGUGUUGGAUGAGAGCAUCUCGUUGCAUGAUAGUCAUGAUAUUGGCGAAAGUUUGCAGCAUAUGUUGGAGAAUGUGGGAAGUGUGGAUAGGGCGUUUGUGCAUUUGGAUUAUGCGGAGUAUAAUUUACCGACGCAUGUGGAUAAUGUAGGGCGAUAGAGUGGAGUUUAUAAAAGGAUUUGGGAUGACACUAGAAUGGGGUAAAGGCAGUACCUUCUACAUGUAUUAAUGUGGGUGGGCCAGGAAGAAGCGUAGGGAACGGAUUCGAUUGAGGGGAGCGGCACGUCAAUUGGGGUAGAAAUUAUACAACCCGUCCGAAGGAGGAAGGCUUGCUCUUCUUCCUUACAUACAGUCAAUUUUGCAUGUAUUGAGUUCCUCACGGCCUCGUGUAGAGAAUAUAGUUGAAGAAGAGGAAGCUGGUUCUGUUUUAUCAAUGCCCAAAAAGAGGCGGAUUAUUCAACUCACGUACAUACUUGUUCCUAAUAGGGGUGGCUUGAGACAAUGCUAAUAUUUUAUAUUCACAAUAUAUUGCUCUUUAAGUGA